GAAGCGGCUGCGCUCGCUGCCAUAUUGUUGUUGUAUUUUGGGAGUUUGUGUGUCUGUCUGCGGGCUGAGAGGAGGACGAGCCGCUUCACCGACUGGAUCUGGAAUAUAACCGACACUCGGGUCCCCGUCAGUCACCGGAGAGCAGAGGAGCCGUCGGGUGAGGUGAAGAUGGUGGACCGGCUUGCGAACAGCGAGGCCAACUCCAAGCGGAUCGCGGUGGUGGAGAGCUGCUUCGGCGCGGCGGGCCAGCCGCUGGCCAUCCCCGGCCGUGUGCUGAUCGGCGAGGGCGUCCUCACCAAACUCUGCCGCAAGAAGCCCAAAGCGCGGCAGUUCUUCCUCUUCAACGACAUCCUGGUCUACGGCAACAUCGUCAUCCAGAAGAAGAAGUACAACAAGCAGCACAUCAUCCCGCUGGAGAGCGUCACCAUCGACACCGUGCCUGACGAAGGCGACCUGCGCAACGGCUGGCUCAUCAAGACGCCCACCAAGUCCUUCGCCGUCUACGCCGCCACCGCCACCGAGAAGUCCGAGUGGAUGAACCACAUCGGGAAGUGCGUGGGCGACCUGCUGCAGAAGAGCGGCAAGGCCCCGACGGGCGAGCACGCCGCCGUGUGGGUGCCCGACUCGGAGGCCACGGUGUGCAUGCGCUGCCAGAAGGUCAAGUUCACGCCGGUCAGCCGCCGCCACCACUGCAGGAAGUGCGGCUACGUGGUGUGCGGGCCGUGCUCGGAGAAGAAGUACCUCCUGCCCAGCCAGUCGUCCAAACCGGUUCGCGUCUGCGAGUUCUGCUACGUGCAGCUGACGUCAGGAGGCCUGGCGCCGCGCACGGACUCCAUCAGCCGGCUGGGGUCAAAGUUCAACAACCUGUCGGACGAUGACGACGAAGACGACAGCAGUGACUGAGGAGCCUCCUCCCGACGAUCCGCCGCCCCCCCACGGCGAAGAGACUCUUUUUUUUUUUUUCUCCUCCCAGACGAUGGAACCGUGCUCCGCCUGCGAGGAUUUAUUCAGCGAUUCAGAUGUUUGAUUUUCUCCUCCUCAACGCCGAGUCUCCUCAACGCCGAGUCUCCUCAACGCCGAGUCUCCUCAACAUCGAUUCAAACGUGGAAUAAACUCUGAGAGAACGCCGUCACGUCUCUUCUCUCUGUCACUACAGAACGCAGCGGUGCUAACCACACACACACCUUCCUUCUCCUCCUUCACCUCCUUCUCCUCCUUCUCCUCCUUCUCCUGCUGCUCCUGCUGCUCCUCCUGCUCCUCCUGCUCCUCCUGCUCCUCCUCCUCACGUCAGAUUAGUCUUUGUCUGGUUUUAUGUCCAUGAACUAAACCAGGUGACCAUUUGUCGUUUCUGCAGGGAAAAGCAAAUAUUUGGCCUCUGAACUUUUUCUCUUCUGAGCUUUCUUCUUUUUCCAAUUCAAAUUUGGCAAUUUUCUGCCAGAUUUUGUAAUUUUUCUGGAAAAAUCCCUUUUUAUAAAUAAGAAAAUGUAAAUAUUCCUAUAAACACACUAGGACAGAGGAUCAGGGCCAUGCUAAAGACAUUUUUUUAGAUUUUUGAGAAUAAAGUCAUAAAAUUAAAAGAAUUAAGUCGUAAUUUCGAGAAAAAAAUUGUAAUGUUAUGAAAAAAAACUGGUAAAUUAUAAGAAUUAAGUCAUCAUAUAAUGAGAUUAAACCACAUAAUUUACUAGCAAAAAAUCUUAAUAUAGCAAUAUUAAAUUUGUAAAUGAAUUUCUUUUGUAAUAUUCUGAUAAUAACGUCAUACUGUACAUUUAUGAGAUUUAUAAAUUCAGAAUUUUAUGAUUCUUUUUCUGGUUUUAUGUCCACAAACUAAAGCAGGGAAGCAAAUAUUUGACCUUUUUCUCCUCUGAGCUCCACAGAGAGAGCGCUCUUCCUUUUUCUAAUUCACGUUUGGCAAUUUUCUGCCCGAUUUUGUAAUUUGUCGCCGGAAAAAUCUCCUUUAUAAAUAACAAAAUGUAGAUAUUUUUGCAAACACGAUGAGAGAGGUGUGAUACAGAAGAAACAAUAGAUUAAGAGAAUAAAUUCAUAAUAUUACAAGAAUUAAGUUGUAAUUUCAAGAAAAAAAAUUGUAAUAUUAUAAGAAUCAAGUUUUAAGAUUACAAGGUCAAACUCUUAAAUUAACUCAUAAAUUUAUGAGAAAAAGGUCAUAAUAUUAUGAGAUUAAACUCAUAAUUUUCUGAGAAAUAAAGUCACAGAUUGUGAGCGGAGAGUUGGGUAAUAUGGUUUGAUCCCUCGUCCAUAAUUUCUCCUUUUUAUCGAAUAUUUUCAACAUUUUAUCAUUUAGUUUUUACCAUUUAUCCAUCAGGUCGUAUCUUUUACAGAUAUUUUGUCACAUGUUAUAAAUAUUACUCCAUAACUCUGUGGUUUUAAUCUUUGACUUGAUUUCUCAUCAAAUUACUGG